AUGUUGCAGUCUCAUUUACACAGAACGAUCGUUAUCAUUACAAUCUCGAAUUUCGCCAAUAGUUUUCAUUCAUCAAACUACUUUUUGUCCUCGUGGAUUCUCAACAAAUUCUCAUGGGAGAGUAAUGCUGAAAGUGACUUGGACUUCAUUAUUGCCAAAGGUACAGCUGAACGUACACUUCGAAGCAUUGCAAAUGUUAUUGAAUAUGUUCAACGUACUGAAAUUUCGUCAGAUAGGGUGGAGAAACUUAGGUAUACUCUCGAAGCAGAUUCCACAUCUUUGAUUUCUAGGGCAUGGGUAGAAAAGGAUCCUAAUUUGUUUCUCAUCUUGGUUUGUUUCGGGAUUAAGAUUCCAGAUUCCCUUGCCUUAAAUAAGCUUCUUCAUUAUGGUUUGAUGAAGAAAGGUGCCGACUAUUUAUACAAAUUAGCGAAAGGAUUAAGCUCGAAUGCUACCAUCAACAAGCAAAUCAGUGUCCUACGAAAGCAAUUAACGCAAUCUGAGCGUGAAUUUAUUAUCAAUUAUUAUCCUGGAACGGCUAUUGUGCAUGUUGCGGUGGAAUUUAUUUAUCUUGGCGACUAUAAAAAAGCUCGAGAGUACUUAGAUCUCCUUAGGGUAAAUUCUGCGAACGGUGAUGAUUUACAAAAAAUUCAUGCUUUCCUGAGUUGGCUUAUUACCUUGUUUGAGAAUAAAAUCACUAUAUUUGAUCUGAAGACCGCAAAUAAUCCUAGAGCAAUGCUUGAGGCGUUAAAAAAUAUACCAUAUAUCCAUACAAUGGCCUCCGUACAUUAUGUUGGCCUUCCACUUGUCUUAUUUUCAAAAGUAAUCGAGGAACUUAAGAGCAUAAAUGCGUCCCCAAGGAUGUUUUAUUUUGCUGUCUGCUUCUUCUGCCCCGACGUAAUGGAGAAAGACUCUUUAGCAUUAAAAGAAGCUUUCUCUAUAAGUAAAAAUGAAGAACAAUUGAUCAAGCCAGCAGGCAGUUUGCUACAUCUCAAUGAGCGUCUUUUGGCCCCUAUCUAUGAUGCUCUUUUUCGUGGGACCUCCAAACGAAUAUCAUCAGAAAUUUACUUGAAGUUGUUUAACGGAUUGAUGGUUGAGUUUCCUGAUGCUUCUAUUUCUGCUUACUCGUUUUAUACACGAGCAUUUGUUGCAGUGAAUGAUAAAGUUGACAAUUCAAACCCUUAUUAUGCUAGACUAAUUUCCUUUUUAUCCGACAUCAAGUAUCGUUACAUUAAGGAACUAGCAUAUUUAUAUCAGAUUGCGUUUGAAUAUUACUUGACUGAUAGAGAUGGAUAUUCACAAUUUCUUCAAACAAUGCGUUGCUAUACAGAUACAUGGGGUAAAGUACUAUUGCCCUACAUCCUGAUCACAAACAUGUUCAAUAAUGUUCCAUUCAUUGAACGAGAAAGAUUAUUUGUGGAUCUCACUAAUGCAGGCAUCAAGUUUUCCGAAAAGGAGUACAGCUUUAUCGAAAAUUCGACGCAGCAUCUUAUUCCAAAAAAGCUGCAUGACCAAGAUGUGCUUUUAAAGCAAUUAUUUGAUGGUCAGGAAAUUUCAGAAAGGCACCUUAACUUUGAUAAUACGAAAAGGGUAAUCACGCAAUUUCCAAAGACUUUCUGUAAUGAUAUUGUCAAAUAUAUAUAUGUUCCCAGGAAGUGUGAACGAAAGAUAUCUGAAUAUGAUGCUAAUGCUGAUAUAUGUGCUAAAGCAUCAAUUGAGAAAACAACAGAUGCGUCGUCAGACAAAUUUGAAAAAUCUAACAAGGAUUCAUCCGUGAAAUUGGAUAUCCCUGAGUCUGUCUACAAAGCCGCAAUGGCAAGCAAUGGAAAUUUGAAUAUUACCAAAUUGGAUGAGACUUUAAGAAUGUUCAUUUUAAUAAGUGAUGUACGAUUGAACAGAGCAGAUACGCUUAACAUGCACAGCGACAACGUUAAGCAUUUUCAUGACAAAGGUUAUCCUUCCGAAUACUUAAUGGAAUAUUUAGCUUCAUUCUUUAAAUCAUUUGAACAGGCAGCAAAACCGUUGGGACUCCUCGAUGUAUUUCAAGUUGAUUUGGCUCCAUAUACAAAUUAUUCGAUUGUUACAAAAUUACUAUCCUUUGACAAAGCACUUCCAAGGAAAUCCGAUAUCAUUAAUUUAUAUGUUGGGAUUUUAAAUAAUCAAGCCUUAUCAUUUACAAGUUUCAAAAGGCUUUUUGAAAACAGUGUACUCAAAAAUGGAUUGAAAUCAUUUAAAUUUGGCCCCUCUGCUCGGAGCCGCAUCGUUGAUAUAUUUGCAAACGCCGCAACACGAUUCAGGAAAUUUGAUGAAGUCUUCUAUCAGAAAAUAAUGAAAAUUCAAUACGAAUUGACAGGAACGAAUUUGAGCAAUCCUUCCGAAAAUGAAAUAAAGGCACCCAUUAAAUCCUUGUAUAAUUCUAUGCAUUCGAGUGAGCGGCCUUUUGAGCAUUUUUAUGAACAUUUGAAUUCGAUGAAACCAUUGCCAAUUCCGGUGCUGUUGCCGUUUAAAUUUGAGAAGAGAAUGCUAGAAAUAAUACCAAAUAACAAGCUCGACAGUGUCUUUUUGAAGAUAAUUGAAAAUGGCUUACAGGCUGACUAUUGUUCAGAAUUCAGGAAGGCUAUUAUGAAGUGCCUGGAAGAUGGAGAUUUGAACACGAAAUAUCGCAUUCUUCGAGGUCAUCAUCCUAAAUUGAAUGUUGAUAAUGAAUUGUUUUAUUCUGACCUAAAUAAAGAGGAGCGUGCAACUAUUAUUAGCAGAUAUUCGGAGUCCCUAGUCAUUAAGUUUGCUGAGUACUGGAUGACGCAAGGUAAUGAGAAAAAGACUUAUGAAUAUUUGAAAAUGUGCCCUCUUUGCCUGAAAGGAAGUGAUCUUAGCAAAGAUGAAUAUUUUUGUAAUCAGCUUAGAUUACGUGCAGAUAUUUUAUUUAAUAGAUUCCUACCGCGUGAAAGAGAGCAAAAUGAUGAUAAGGUCAGUUGUCAAAUUGAAAAGGAUAUAUCCAAUGGGGAAGCGGUACAGCAUCUUAAAGAAAUUUGCAUUGAGUAUGAAGAUAAAUUACAUUCAUACAAAUUAAAGCAUUACUCGCCAUAUCUAUUAUUCAAAACUCACCGCUAUAAUUUGUCGAGAUAUCGAGUAUUCAGUAAUUUUAGAAUUACAAUGGGAUACCUUCUCUUAUAUUGCCCGUUAUCAUUAAAUAUAUUUACGGAACUUGGACUAUUCCGUAUAUUCGACCUAACGCCCAAAUGUUUGACGAGAGACAUUAAGAUUGAUCCAAAUCUUGUAUGCCCCAAUUCUGGUCUGCUAAUGUUAACCCAGAUUUUUAGGAAUAUUUUUAUAAUUUGGGGAAGUAAGCUUUCAGAAGACGAGGCAAUUAUGCUGUUUGAUAGAAUAAUGAUGUGUGAUAAAAAGUAUGGCUCAACAAUAUUGAGUCCCAAAAACUCCAGUUAUAUACUCAAGGCUUUUAUAGCUUUUGCCAGUAUUCAAGGAUAUACGAAGUUGCUCUUUUUUAUAUAUCGAUGCAUGAUUGAGAGCGAUAUUUAUUAUGAUAAUAUGGGUCCAUUUAUGAGUACUUUCCUUGAAUCGUUGGUUAGCAAGAGUCCAAACCUGUGCGCAGAAAAGGUUGAAGAAUUCAAGAGGAAGCAUCCAGAUAUUAAAAUACAUUACAAGACAUAUGCAAUUAUGAUCAAGAAACUUUCUAUGAAUGAUAGCCAAGCAGCUUAUGCGGUCUAUUUGCAUUUUACUAAAGAUUAUCCAGAUUUCCGAAGCAAUGGUGAUACCCAUAAUCUCAUACCAUUAAUUAAAGGAUUAGGCUGGAAGAAGGAUAGGCAUUUUGCAAAACAGUUUGGGAAUACUGGUGGAAAAUCUGAACUGAGAGUAAAGGUUGAUAAUUUCAACGUUAAGCUUUAUGAUUACGAUAAAUUGGGAGAUUGA